AUGGCGGACCAAAUAAAAAGUUUGCAGGAACGAAUGGAACCCCAUCAAGAGAUACCAAAGUCUCAUGAAUCUCAAGAUGGGAACUCGAGGACUUCCCACCACACUAGGCGCAAUAAGAAGAGGUGGGAGAGAUCUAAGACCCUCCCAAGCCUCGACAAGACGGAUCCGCGAGGUGACGAAUCAAAAAUCGCCUCUCGAGACGCCCGUACCUUCUUAGAAAGCAAGAAACAAAGGGCGUCUGAAAGCGUUCAAUCGCUGGUAGAUAAAAGGAGGGAAGAAAGGAAAAAGGCACAACUCGCGGGAUCUAGCCGUCCCAUCAGUCCCGUCACUAUGCCGCGGAAUGAGGACAACAGGAGUAGCCUUCAUGAAGAUCUCACACCAAUAAUUUCUCCGUUGGCUCCGGAGAUACUGAAUACUCCCAACCCUGGGAAAAUAGAGAUCCCAAACAUGGCGGCCUUCGAUGGAACGUCCUGCCCAGAGGAACACCUAAUGGUCUACAAAAACCUGAUGCUGCUGUAUACCACCAACCCAUCAUUGUGGUGUAAAUUCUUCCCAACUACCCUUACAGGAGUAGCUCUGACAUGGUACACCUCCCUUCUAAGAGGAAGUAUCCAUAACUUUGUCCAACUGGAAGGCAAGUUCCUGGGUCAUUUUAUAGCCUCCAGAAGACAGGAAAAAUCAAACUUCCAUUUGCUCAGCAUCACACAAUUGGAAGGAGAGUCCAUAUCAUCUUACUUGAAAAAGUUCCACGAGGCGGUACUGAAAGUAACUGAUUUGGAAGAGUCGGUUGCAUUAAACGCCCUGAUCAACGGAAUGAAGGCUCAAAGGCUGAAGUUCCAGUUCGUCGAGAGCCAAGCACAUGAUCCAAAGAAACAAAGGUCGGAUAAGAAGGAUCUCACAGCCAAUCAUUCCUCAAGGAGCAGAGAGGAACAUUCAUCAAUGAGGGAAAGAAACUACUUGCCGCGUCGUCCAGAAUCUCCGUCAGAUAUGGGACCCCCACGAUCCAGAAACGUAUAUGUCGCUAAAGGGGAGCCCAGGACGCGGAAUUUAUUAGAUGGCGGCAACGAUCCGCUGUUCAACCGGAACAGGAAGGACAUAUUCUUCGCCAUCAGGGAUCAAUUGCCAACUCCACCUCCUACUGCCACCCCCUCUGAUCGACGCAACUAUAAUCUGUGGUGUGAUUACCACAAAGAGCACGACCACACUUUGGCCCAAUGUCGCGGACUCAAACGUAUCCUACAUCAAUUGGCCGAUGAGGGGAAGUUGUCCAGGUUUAUCAACCGGAAGGACCAUAACGCUGGAAGAGAAGCAGAACGGAGGCCGUGGAAUCAAAAACGCAGAUCCCCCAAAAGGGAUAACGCCAGGCGCGAAAGUUCCAACACACAAGGAACUAUUAACAUGAUUUUCGGAGGAUACACUGAAGAAUAUCCUACCAUCCGCGCCGCAAGAAAUAGCGUCCACACUCUGCUAAAAGGGCCCCCAAAAGCCUCAUCAAGUGGACCGAUCAUGAGGUUCGAUGCCACGACCUCCCAAACGCUGCAACAACCUCAUACUGACCCUCUGGUGGUCCCCCUCAAAAUUGGGCAAAUGAUAGUCAAGAGGGUACUCGUCGAUACCGGGAGCACGGCUGAUCUCAUAACAAUGGAAUGCCUAUGA